AUGUACGGAGUUAGCGGCUCACGGGCAACGCAAGCUUGUGUGACAUGCAGGAAACAAAAGCGCAAGUGUGACAAGACCCUGCCAUCGUGCUCCAGGUGCUCCUCACUGCAGCGCGCAUGCGACUACUCGGAUCCAGGGUCCCCCGCCGCGGGCCCCUCGGCGGAGGCCUUUGCGAACCUCCAGACGAAGCUGGCAGAGAUCGAGGCAAGGCUGGACUCGGCCAGGGCCAAUCCACCCCAGAUGAACGGCACCCCGGGGUCCAGCACGUACGUCGGAGGGUCUGAAUCCAGCCCGGAGAGUGCGGGAGCAGCAGGGGUCGUCCGGCCUAGGGGCGACUUGUGGGUGGAUGGCCAGGCGGCUUUUGAGAGGACAAAGUUUCCGGCGGUCAUGUUUCUUGACAGCGACGUGUACAAGUGGGCCACGGUCUCAAGACCGAAUCCGAACAUUGAUAUACCCAUGGAAGUCCUCGAGAUCCUCGCUUCGAGCAAUGUCGUAGAGGAGACGGCCGCAUCGUACUUUAACACAAUCCACCGCUGGUUCCCUUUCAUCUCCAAGAAGCGAAUGAGUCUGGGAAUCUCGCUCUCAGACGGCGGGCCCGACCUCGCGCUCCUGUUCCUCGCCAUGAAGCUCAUCACGACCGUGCCGACACCAGAGAUGCGCUCCGCGGCAGACUCGCAUCUGUAUGCCGCCUGUAAGCGCUUCCUGGCCCAGCUCGAAUCGGCAGGGACCAUGUCCGUCCUAUACCUGCAGGCCAUGAUACUAGUCGCCCUAUACGAGUUCUCGCACUCUGUCUACCCAGCGGCGUGGAUGACCUCUGGCAGCUGCGUGCGGUACGCGGCGAUGCUGGGCCUGCCGUCGUUUCAGGAGUCCUGCACGAUCCUCGGCCAGUGUACAACAUGGACCGAGGCAGAGGAAAGGCGGAGGGUAUGGUGGGCAACGCAUAUUCUCGACAGGAUCAUCUCGCUCGGCUCCAAGAAGCGUUUCGCCGGCUGGCCAGACCAGCCGUUGGACACGGAGAUGCUGCCCGUCGACGACCACGCCUGGGAUUCGGGCGACAUGGCCUUCUCCCUGCAGAGGUCCACCAGUACGCCGCUGGAGGACCUCACGGCCAGUCCCUUUGCGCGCCUGGCGCAGGCAUCGAUGCUCACCUCGAGGGCAAUGGCACACUGCAAAGGCGCGCCGAGGCGGUAUGCCCACCGCUGGCCUAAGGGGUCGGGGAAUGGAACGACAGAGAAGGAGGGGGACAAGGAUGCCUUCAGUAUCAAGGAGGUCAGAGAGAUACUCCGUGACCUGCACACACUCGGCCAUGCCAUCGAGACAGACAUAUCCAACGCCGGCGGCGUGGGCAGCGACGCAUACUUCGCGCUGAGCCCCUCGCGGUGCCUCGUCUGGAGCACGACGAUCAUGGUGAUGGAUCUGUACAGCUGUCCCGAACACAUGCGCCCAGGCUCAGGGAUUGGCAGCGAGGACGGCCGGACGGCCGAGGAGCUAGCGAUGCAGGUUGAGGCGAUCAAGGGCCUGACGACGACGAGCGAGAUCAUCAAGGUGUUUGCGGGUGAGCUGCUGGGCCUGUCCCGCAGCCCCGCGACGUCCCCUGACGUUAGCAUGGCCGGUGUGGACAGCGGCGGCGGCGAGGUGGACGUGGUCGACAGGCUGAGCCCAUUGUGCUUCGAUGCCAUCUACUGCGCGCUCGCAACCUUCCACUGGCACUGGAAAGAGAACGGCCAGCCGGAGAUGAGGCAGGGUAUGGAGCAGUCGCGGGCCGCAAUGGUCAAGAUGGCGCCGAGGUGGAGGCUCGCGGGCGAGUAUUUGGAUAUAGAGAGGUAUCAUGAUGUGAUGGGAAUCGUAACUGAUCGGGCAGAUGGGUUGUGA